AUGUCGAAUAGUUCGGAAAUAGAUAAUGAUUUUAUAAUAGUAAUGCAAGAAGAAAAGACCACAUUAGAUAAAAUUGAAAAAUUAAUAAAUAAAGAAUCAUUGUCCAUUGACGAUAUACAUCAACUGAUUGAAGAAAUCCAACAACUCGAUUUUGAAAUAGCUUUAAAAACAAUUUCAAAUAAUGACUAUCAAUUCAUUAAAUUGUUAUGUAACGAGGCUAAAAAGAGCAUAGAUUUCAAAUUGGUUACAGAGAUUAUUAAAUUCAUUAAUGUUAUAGCAAAGGAAGAUAAUAAAAUUAUUGAAAUUUUAGUUGAUUUAGAAUCUUUUAAUUGGAUAAUACCAAAUUGUUUUAUAGUGGAGGAAACGGAAUCAUCAGAUUACUUAGAGACUUUAAUUCUUAUAUUUUCAAAUGGGGAUAAAAAACCACUGCCACAAAGCGAACUGCAGAAAUUAGAUGAUACAUUUUUAGACUCAUUAUUAGAGCUGGCUCUCAACUAUAAAGAUUACUAUGAAACGAAGUACAUUCAUUUAUUAUACUAUACAAUGUUUGGAUAUCAAAAAAAUAUUAUAAGUGAUGGAUAUUCACCUUUAAUUUGUAAAUUAUAUUCAAAUAAACAAGCACCAGAACUUGGACCAGAAAUGAUAGCCUUAUUAAAUAGAGCACAGUUGGAAUAUGGAUUACUGCCACAAUGUUUAUCUUUAAUAAAUGAUUUAUUCUGCUAUAGCCAAGAUUAUAAUGUACCCUGUUUCUUUUACACUCUGGAUAUCAAAGUAUUGAUCGAUAUUAUCAUUAGAGAAAUCCAUAAUCUAGAUGAAUUAGAUCCCACAAGAUGGCAAUUUUUAGAAGUUUUAUCAACCAUAAUAGAUCAUGAUGAAUACGAAAAUACCUAUGUAGAAAGCAAUAGCUACUCUUUCAAUAUAAAUAAAAAUAGCAAUGCCUCAACUGUGGAUAUAUUUUAUAAAAUCAGUGAUAUCAAAAAUGUUUUAAAUCAAUUACAAGAUGAAAGAUCAAAAGAAAAAGACCCAAGAUCCUCAAUGAUUGCGACUACAAUUUUAAAAAAGCUAAAUAAAUUAUUAAGCAGAAUAUAA